AUCCCAAAAAUUUCCAACCAGGGGGUUACAAUGUUACAAGAAAAUUUAGUAUGGCAACCCUGGUUGGUAUUGGUAACUCUGAGCUUUUCUUUUUCGGUCGGCAGAUCAAACGUGUAUGUUGCUGGGACAAACGAAGUUAUAAAUCGCAGCCAUGGUGCGUAUGAACGUUCUUAGCGACGCUCUCAAAUCUAUUAACAAUGCUGAAAAGCGUGGGAAAAGACAGGUGCUGUUAAGGCCCUGUUCAAAAGUAAUUAUCAAAUUUCUGACUGUGAUGAUGAGAAAAGGAUAUAUUGGGGAAUUUGAGAUUGUUGACGAUCAUCGCAGUGGCAAAGUUGUGGUAAAUCUCAGUGGAAGAUUAAACAAGUGUGGUGUAAUUUCACCUAGAUUUGAUGUUCCAAUUAAUGAUAUUGAAAAGUGGACCAACAACCUGUUGCCAUCUCGACAGUUUGGAUAUGUUGUUUUGACAACAAGCGGAGGAAUUAUGGAUCACGAAGAAGCCAGGAGAAAACAUCUUGGAGGCAAAAUACUUGGAUUUUUCUUCUAAUGUUUAAUUCAAUAAAAAUUUCUUAAUACUAA